AUGUUGCUUAAAAUCCCGGUAUUCGUUGUGAUUUAUUUCACAACGUAUACAUUGGCAUCGUAUGACUAUCCUACUCAACCCCCUUACGGUGAUUGCUAUCAGUGCUGGCUCUACAGACAGUGUACCGUGGGACGACAGCACUGCCAUCGUCAACAUCCUGUCGUCAUAGAAGCACCGCGGCAUGUCAUCUAUACUACUCCAGCCAGUACGGGUGUAGUGUAUACAGGCACUACUGUAUACCAGACUCCUGCAUAUCCAGCGGCACAGCCUUCCGUCUACCUACAAGCCCAGUAUCCUACAGCACAAGCAACUGCUCCAGCUGUUACAACACCUCAAGCUCCACCUGAAUACAAACCUUAA